AUGGCCAGUGCCUGGAAGAAAUACAAUUACCGCGCAAUCAAACAGCCGCCGUAUAUGGAGGAUGAGGAGGCAACCCUCAUUCGGUGGAGAUCAGAUACAACAAGACAUGUCAACGAGCGGAUCUCGAAAUAUUCGCCGAGUCGCUAUACACAAGACGAGUUGGUCCAGCCGGCAAGGCCCACACCAGUACCCGCAUCAAAUUACAAAGCCUUGCGUAUACCGGAGCUUCUAGACCACAUUCUCCAAUUCGCGGACGCUGAAGCACAAAUUUCGGCCUGGUUUGUGUCCAAAGAAUGGCGUAAAUCCGCUACGUCAAUCAUCACAGGCCACCUAUUUCACAGAUUCUGGAACUCACCGGCUACCCGCCGACCUGUUGAGUAUGACACUGUCGUUGAUGGUAAUCCAGAUAUCUGGGACCCAUCAACAUGCGAGGAAGUCGAUCUUUUUAGUAACACCCUCACUCAAUCCAUGCAGCGCAUCCAUCGUGGUACCACCAAAGACGAUGGUAGACGACACCGGCUUGUCGCAAGGAAGACUCUGUAUUUUCCGGCUCAUUACACCCAGGCUUCCAACUUACCAACAGCUCUUUCUAUGGUAUUGGACAGCUUCGAUGACACUCAGCACGGAACAAUGGAAAACAGAUACGGCAUUGUGCAUAUUGAACCUACGUCACACCACCCAAAUCGCUACUGGCUAGACUUUGGUCAAUUUGAGAUAAACCCAUACUUUACAGCCCUCUUCCCUAGAUGGCUUGCGUGUGUCAAUGGACGCAUUGAGAUGACGUUGCGAUCAGAACUUGCUGGAUCUUUACUGGUCAAUCCGUUCGUCUCCACCAAGGCCUUCGAAUUUUUGGGACCAAUGUUCCUUGCAAACCCUCCGUGUGGAGUCGUUGGUAUAUACCAUAAUGCCUACACAACCUUCUUGCCACAUGAGGACCGCGAAUACCUGAAAAUUUCGAACAAGGAGCUUCUUGUGCGAUUGCAGAAUGUCGGCCAUAGGGCUUAUCCCUUGGCUCCUCUUUGGGCAACCAGGCAGCCACCUAUUUACCCGCUAGUACCUUUACGGCCUAGCUCCUUCUCUCCUCCCACUGCGUAUAUAGACCUCUUCCCGAUAGCUCUAAUACGAGAUGAUGAUUCUCCCCAACCUUGA